AUGGAUUCUGAUCAGCCUGAUCCGUCUCAUUCAGCAAAAAGGCUUCCUCGCGGCGAGGCUGCUUCUCCCGUUGCUCACGGCAGGCCUGCUGCUUUUCCCGAUGCUCACGGCAAGGCUGCUGCUGCUCUGGGCGAGUUCGAAGAUGGUUCUGAAGACGAUCUUUGCGAGUUCUUUGACUGCCAGACGUCACCUAGCAGCAGGAGCAGUUCUGACGACAAGACCACCGAUCCUCCUAUCCCUCCCUCGUUUCCUCCUCUUUCGCCGCCUUACCUCCCUGCUACUCCAUACCCCUACUCCCUUCCACCUCUCCCUCCUGCCCCUCCUCCUGCCUUUCCUCCUCCCAUUCCUCCUCCUCCCUCUCGUCCUGAACUCUCUUCUAGAGCAGGGUCUGCACAAGCUGCAUACGCCAACCUCGCCUCUCUGCGCCAAGAGGUUGCAACAGCUGCUGCAGAGGCAGCAGAAGCAGCAGAAACCGCGUCGGAACUGCAGCGUUUGGCAGCAUCUGCGGCUGGCAGGGCGGCAGCCGCCAAGGCGGAGGCAACAGCCGCUGCUGCAGAGGCUGUUUUUGCUGCGGAAGCUGCUGGGAAAGCGGUGGUUGAGGCGAGAGUUGCUGCAGGGAAGGCAGAGAGAUCAAAGGCUGGAUUUGCUGCGACUUUUGCUGAGAUUUUUGGCAAAGGGGACGAAGUAGAGGGUUCCUGGGAGACUGAAGAACGCACAGAAAUUACAGAGAGUGAAGAAGAGAGUCAGACUGAAGGGCGCGAAGUGCGCCCCCACAACGAAGAAGGGUCACAGGCCAUAGGAGAGCGUACAGGGAUUGCAGGCAGAAGGGAGGUUGAAGAACGGCUGGAGACUGAAGAAGACAAUAAGACUGAAGGGCGACCUCUGGAUUCUACUGCAUCUGACGUGGCACCUGAGGAACCACCUGAGGGACCACCUGAAGAAUCAUCUGAAGAAGCACCUGAGGAAAUAUCCGUGGAGAUGGCCCAGGAUCAGGAGUCCCAGCCAUUGCUUCUUUCUCGUGAGCGUCAGAUUGCGGAGGGAGCGAUGGGUGUGGAAGGAGGAGAGGGGGUUGACGUUGAUGUGCAAGGGGAGCGUGAGGAAAGUGCAAGGGGCAGGUUCUGGGCUUGUUGGUGGGCUCUGCAAAGCUUCUAUGGGGUUGUGGUUGGAGCUGCUGGAAAGGCUCUGGGUUUCGUGUGUCUCGUGCCUCGAGGUGAGCGGGGAGAGGGAGGGAGCGGCAGGGGUGAUACGGAGAUGGAGGAUGUGACAACCGCGCAUAGAGGAGAGGGAGCAGAGAAGAGGGGGGAGAGGGGGAGGAGUGCAGGGAAGGGAGUGGGCACGGGAGCGGGAGUGGAAGAUGGUGAGGGGCCUCAAGAAUCGCAGCAGAGGCAGCAUGGGAGGCACAGAACCGAGGCAGAGAGAGAGCAUGAUUCAAUCAUCAUCAUGUCGUCAGCAGCAACCCUCCCAUCGCUGCCACCUCUCCCUCAUGCCUAUGCCUCCCCCAGUGCUGAGCUCUUCCGCUCAGACCUCCUACCCCGAUACACCAUGCACCCAUCGCAGGCAAAUCUCUUCUCUGACUCUGCUGCGUUUGCAGCCCUACCUCCUCCCGCUCUCGCCAAUUCGCCUGGCACUCACUCACACAUGACUCGUGCGGCUGGUUGCCGAGUGCUGGUGGUGCAUCGGGGGGAUAUCACCAAGUGGUUUGUGGACGGUGCGACCGAUGCCAUUGUGAGUGGUAAAGAGGGUGACUGUAAGGAGGAUGAGUGUAAUGGGGCGUGGUGUUGUAGACAGGUCAAUGCUGCAAACGAGAGGGUUCUUGGCGGUGCGGGAGUGGAUGGAGCCAUCCACAGGGCAGCAGGCCCGGCCCUCCUGAAGCUCUGCUACGAUCUGCCAACUCUGAGGAAUGGUGAUCGCUGCAGGACAGGGGAUGCUGUGACCACAGGGGCGGCAGGCCUGCCUGUGCGCUGGGUGAUCCAUGCUGUGGGGCCGAGGUAUCGGUCCGAUCAAGUAUCAGCACCCGUGCUGAAAUCUGCAUACAGGUGUGUGCCAUGCUGUGCUGUGCCGGAUCGUGCUGCAGGGAGCGGUGCCUCUCUGCACAGCGAGGAAGCUGUUCUUUGCUAUGCUUCGCUGUGUUGUGUUGAGCGUUCUGUCUGCUUGGCAGUGCAUUUCGUCCUGUUUGACGGUAAGAUGCUCAACGACUGGCUGACUGCCAUUCAUGCUGCCAACCUGCCACAGCUGCUGCUUCAACGACAACCACCACAACAGCUACAGCCACCUAUGCCGCCGCCGCAGCAACUUUCCCCGCAGCAGUGGCCAUUUGAGUCGACACAGCAGCUCUCAAAGCAGGGAGCGAGAGAGAGAACUGGGAAGAAACAGCUGGAGGCAGAGGUAGGAGGAGCAGCCAGGUCAGCAUGGAAGCAAGGGAACGAGGAGCUGUUGCCUCAGCAACAGGGGCUUGAGUCGACAUGGCAGCAAUUGAAGCAGGGAGGUCAAGAGGUAACUGGGAAGAAAUCGACACAGCAGGUGGUAUGGAAGAAAGGGAAUGAGGAGCUGCUGUCUCAGCAGCCAACAAAGCAAGGGGGGAUGCAGCCGAUUGGGAAGGCGACAAAGCAGCAGGGGGGAGAGAAGCCGCAAGAGCCACCACCGGUAACUUUUGAGGCGCCCCAAAAGUCGAAGCUGGGGGGAGAAAAGCCAAUUGGGAAGGCGACAAAGCAGCAGAGGGAAGAGAAGCCGCAAGAGCCACCACAAGUGCUGCCUCAGCAAAUACGGCAGCAGCAGAAACUGCCGCCACAGCAGCAACCGCCAAAGCAGGUGGUUAAAGGGGAGGUGGAAGAGGGGACUGGGAAGAAGGCGAUUCAGCAGGUGCAGGGAAGGGGAGCUAUUGGGAGGACGGGUGGGGGGAUGGAAGGCGAGAAAGGAAAGGGGAAGGAAGUUGCUGGUGACCGAGGGGAGAAGGGUGAUAUUAGCAAGGAGGGUGGUAACCACAUGGGAGAAGGCACUGUUGAUAGGGACAGCGAUGGGGAUGUGGUAAUGAGAGACAGUAACUCAGUCGAGGUAGCAAACUUGUUGCAUCUGGAGGAGCGGGAGGACGAGGAAAUAUGGGAACCAGUGGAGAGGAUAGUAUGGGGUAUAGAGGAGGGGGAGGCACGGGGAAGACAGGACAAGACGAUGGAGAAGGUGGUUGGAGAGAGUGGAAGGUCCUUCGAUAGUUGGGCUGCUGCCCUAGAUGCUUCUCCGUAUUCCCCUCCAGCUGCCGCUGUGACUACAGCUCCUGCUGAAGCUUUGGCUUUACCUCUGGCUGUACCUCCUGCUGUAGCGCCGGUUGUAGCACUGGCCGCUCCUCCAGCUGCCUCUGUGAUCAAAGCUCCUUGUGCAUCUCCGACUGUGCCUCCUGCUGUAGCGCCGGUUGUACCUCCUGCUGUAGCGCCGGUUGUACCUCCUGCUGUAGCGCGUGUUGUACCUCCUGCUGUAGCGCCGGUUGUACCUCCUGCUGUAGCGCCGGCUGCUGCUCCGGAUGCCUCUGCAACUCCACUUGUACCUCCUGCUGCAGCGCCGGCCGCUGCACCGGCUGCCCCUCCAGCUGCCUCUGUGACCAACGCUCCUUGUGCAUCUCCGACUGUGCCUCCGGCUGCAGUGACGGCUGCUACUCAGACUGUCACGGCUUCAUCUCCAGUCUUGCUGCUGCUCAAGCUGCCUCUCCUGCUGUACCUCAGUCUGCUGCUCCGGUUGCUACAACUUCCGCUCCUCCUGCUGCUUUGGCUGCCCCCCCAGCUUCCGCCUGUGCUAUUUCUCAAGCUGCCUCUCCUGCUGUAG